AUGGUGAAGCCCGAGCAAGAAGAAGAAGAGACCGAGGAGUUCAAGCUUGUAGCAGCACUGUCCGCUCUCCAUCCUCUCAGCGCUCCUUGUCCGCUGCCGCCACACCUCCGCUGCUUCGCCUCCAUUCCCUCCUUCUCGGCUGCCACCGCAGAAACCUUCAUCUCUCCCCGGUUGGUCGCCGUCCGUGCCAUCGCCCUCUCCGUCAGUGACGCCGCUGCCGCGUUCACCAUCGCUGUCGCCAACGGGGCUGUCCCCACCUUCCCGCCUACCGACCUAGGCCACGGGUUCUGCCUCGCCGAGGUCGCCCUCUAUGGUGACGUCGUCCUCCGCUUUGUCUCCGGCUCUGAUCCGUCCGUCGAUUUCCUGCCGGGGUUUGCCACCACCAAACGUAGCUCGGAGGACCUUGAUUACGGGCUCCACAGUCUCGAUCACGCCGUCGACAGCGUCCAGAAGCUGGGACCCGUCUUCUCCUACAUGAAGAAGUUCCUAGGUUUCCAUGAGUUUGCAGAAUUCACCACCGAGGACAUAGGAACCGCGGAGAGCGGCCUGAAUACUGCCGUGUUAGCCAACAAUGAUGAGACCGUGCUUCUUUCGCUGGUCGAACCAGUCCACGGAACGAGGAGGAGGAGCCAGGUACAGACUUAUUUGGACCACAACAGUGGGCCUGGAGUGCACCACCUCGCGCUGAGGAGCGACGACGCGAUCACGACGGUGAGGAAGAUGAAGGCGGUUUCAGGGUUCGAGUUCAUGCAAGGGCCGCCGCCGAAUUACUAUGAGGGGGUGGAGAGGAGGGCAGGGGAUGUGCUGAGCGAUGAGCAGAUUAGGGAGUGCCAGGAGCUGGGGCUGCUUGUCGACAGGGAUGAUCAAGGUGUUUUGCUUCAGAUUUUUACUAAACCCAUUGGAGACAGGCCAACAAUAUUUCUAGAAAUUAUACAAAGGAUUGGAUGCAUGGCAAUGGAUGAGCAGGGAAAAGAAUAUCAAAAAGGUGGCUGUGGAGGAUUCGGAAAAGGAAACGUCAUUGAGCUCUUCAAGUGCCUCGAGGAGUAUGAUAAGAGCCUGGAUGCCAAACACCAGCCUUCAAAGGCUUCAGCUUCUUUUAAGUGGAAAGGAAAAUAAUGAGAUGCAAUAUGAUGGGCAAUUAGCAUUGCAUUAUAUGAAAACUAGUAGUACUUGCUAAGCAUUGUCCUGGACUUCAAAGUUUCUUGUUUGAUUAGCUUAUGAUCAAUGUUGUGUUGGAGUUAUAAUAAGUGUAACUUAAAACUUAACAUUGUAGUGGGAAUGUUAAGUCCCACAUAGG